AUGGCAUUUGGUAUCAUCUCUUUGUUGCUGAUGCUUUCAACGAAUGCCCUUGCGACAUACACAUUUUGUCAUCAUCGUUAUAUUUAUAAGCGUUUAGCGGCAUGCUUAUAUGCAGUUAUAGCAAUGUGUAUCGUUGUUACAAUUGAAGUGCUAACAAAUAGCGUUAAUGAAUGGAAUCUUUCUGUAGCCGAACAAGCCAAGAAUAUGGAAUGGGAUUACUCCGUGGGCCAAACCACUGGCUUGGCGACUUACUUGGCCUGGACAUGCGUAUGUAUUUAUACAUUCGCGGCGGCGAUAUUUGCAUUUGGAUCACAUAAGCACAAGGGUUCACGUGCUGCAACUGCGGAAUUUGAAAUUGAAGAUAGGCCUAUUCACAUCGGCCGGUAA